CCAAGUAAGUGGGCAGACGUAAUUGGUCAAUGUGUAAGGGUGACAUUUCAUUAUGAAGAGCCACAAGAAAAGGAAAUGAACUGCUUUUCCAUCGAAGCUUGGUAUGAGAUAUAUAAUGAAGAGCUUGACUAUGUUGUCCUGAAGCUGAAGGAAAAUGGACAACAGGUACCUAUGGAACUAUACAAUGGAAUUGCUCCUGUGCCACUUAGUGGGUUGAUACAUAUUAUUGGCCAUCCAUAUGGAGAAAAAAGGCAAACUGAUGCUUGUGUUGUGAUUCCUCAGGAUAAGCAAGCAGAGAAAUGUCAGGAACGUAUUCAGGCUAAAGAAGUAGAAAGUCCAGAGUAUGUUCAUAUGUACACUCAAAGAAGUUUCCAGAAAAUAGUUCCCAACCCUUAUGUGAUUACCUAUGACACUGAGUUUUUCUUUGGGGCUUCUGGCUCCCCAGUGUUUGAUUCAAAAGGUUCAUUGGUGGCCAUGCAUGCUGCUGGCUUUGCUUAUGAGUACCAAAAUGAGAUUCGCAGUAUCAUUGAGUUUGGCUCUACUAUGGAAUCCAUCCUCUAUGAUAUGAAGCUAAGAUAUAAACCAUGGUAUGAAGAAGUAUUUGUAAGUUAUCGGGAUGUAGAAAUGAUGAGUGCUGAGGACUUAUGAGAAUUCAGUCUAUUAGAUUUAAGGGAAUAGCUUAUAGAGUUGUUAUUUCAUAGGCAUUAAUUAUGGUUUUCUAAAUUCCAAAAUGGUCAGUUUUAUCAAUAAUAAUACUAUUGACCAUUUCCUAUCUGCCAGUCAUUUUUCUAAGCACAUGAAGAAAUUAGUCUUAACAAAACUAUGAGAUGGACCAUAACUUGCCCUAUUUUAAAGUCAAGCAAUGUGAAGAAUAAGAAGAUUAAAAAAUAAUCGUUUUUUUAAUAUAAAAAACCAUAUAGUCACUUUUUUUUUCAUCUGUAAUAUUUUAAUCUAAAUUCAUUAGCUACAGGGCAGGAAUCAAAACUUAUUCAUCUCGGCCGGGCGCGGUGGCUCACGCCUGUAAUCCCAG